AUGUUAAACAAUGGGCUCUCCAACUGCGUGGUUAAGAGACCCCAGAAGAUGGAACACCUCCUGUCCGCCGUCUUCGUGUGGUUAGUGACGGGCACGACCAUAUCCAGCAUAAAUAAAUGGAUCUUCGUUGUGUACAACUUCAGGUACCCCAUAUUGCUCUCGGCGCUUCACAUGCUGACGGCAAUCGUGGUGGACUAUGGGCUGCUGAAAUCGCGGAUGGUCAAAGGUAAAGCGGGAGGCGGGGAAGACGCCCUGACCGUUAGCGCCCGGUUCAAAGUGUUCAUGCUGAGCCUGACCACCUGCGCCAGCAUCGCUUUCGGGAACGUGGGACUCCGCUACGUCCAGCUGUCCUUCGCUCAUAUGAUCUACUCCACCACGCCGCUUUUCACGUUGGCCAUCUCCGCGCUAGUUCUGCGGGAGCACCACCACGUCGUCAAAUACACGGCUAUGAUGCCCAUCUGUCUGGGGGCAUCUUUUAGCAUCAUGGGGGAAGUACACUUCGACAAAACCGGCUGCUAUUGUAUGUUUGCCGCGACCAUACUGAGAGGAAUCCGAUCCAUUCAGCAAGGCAUCCUGCUCCAGCAGGAGAAGAUCGGCUCGGUGUUCCUGCUCUACCUGCUGGCCGUGCCCAGCUUCUGCAUCCUGGCGGUGGCGGCGCUGGUCCUGGAGCACCGGGCGGGUCCGGAGUCCCCGCUGCACUACGACGGACGCGUGUGGGCCCUGGUGCUGCUGAGCUGCCUGGGCUCGGUGCUGUACAACCUGUCCAGCUGCUGCAUCCUCACGCUCACCUCGGCCGUCACCCUGCACGUGCUGGGCAACCUGUCGGUGGUGGUGAACCUGCUGCUGUCCCAGCUGCUGUUCGGCUGCCAGCUGUCCCCGCUCAGCUGCGCGGGCGUGGGCUGCACGCUCUCCGGCAUGCUCAUCUACCAGAACUCCGAGCUCAUCGGCCGCUACGUGGACUCGCGCUGGGCCCGACUCCAGAGCCACGGCUCGGAUCCCGCAAGAGCCAACGGCGUGACGGACUACAAGGGGGACUGA